AUGCCCGCCAAGCGGCCCCCAUUGCGAGCCCUCGGCACCCGCUUGCCGGCGGGGUCCAGUCUCCCGAAGCCGUCCGGCAAGCCCGUGAAUCGUUUAUUUGUGCCUGCGAGAGAGAGCUACCCCUCCAUCCCACUAAAGCUCCCCUCCCCGUUCCGCCCCUUUCCAACCAACGAGCUCCCGAAGCUCCUACCCCUGCAAAGCGGAGGAGGCUCUUGGCUCCACGACGACGACACUCGUUGGUGGAAGAAGGGGGUCAUUGUCCCCGAGAAGUCCCCAUGGCGUGAAAGCAAGCGUGACGCGAUCGCCAAGGCCUCAAACACCACGCCCGUCCAAGACCGCUCUUUCCCCCUCCACAGCUCCUUCUCUGUUUGGACCGAGACCGCUGGGGAGGCCGCCGGGGGGGGGUCUUGA